UGUUCACCAAAAACAAAAAUAGUAUUUCUCAAAGUUCAUAAAACCGGAAGUUCUACCGUGGCUAAUAUUUUUCAGAGAUUUGGAGUAACCCGAGACUUGAAUUUUGCUGUACCAAGAAAGAAACCUCACGAACAUGGUUAUAAUUAUAUUGGUAAACCUGGAGAAACCAUCCAUUCUGAUCUCCUACUUCCAUUUCCAGAAGGAGAGUCGUAUGACAUUCUGUGGAACCACGUCACCUAUAACCGCACUGCGUUUAGAUCAGUAAUGCCUCCAGAGACGGUGUAUGUGUCCAUUAUUAGAGAGCCAUUUGAUCAGUUUGUAUCAGCAUUCGAGUAUUAUAAAAUGUACAAUAUGGCGUAUAUUAAAAAGAUAAUGAGUGUAAAUGUGACGAAUCCUAUCUCUACAUAUUUACAGAAUUUCUCCAGAGUGGAAGCUCCUAGUCGUCGGUUAAGUUAUGUAAGAAAUAAAAUGGUGGCUGAUUUCGGAAUGACAUUGAAACAAUUAUCCAGUAAUUCCAAAAGACGUGAAUUUUUUGAAAAUAUAAACAAAGAUUUCAAGUUAGUCAUGAUAAUGGAAUAUUUUGACGAAUCUUUGAUUCUACUCCGUAGAACAUUGUGUUGGAAUCAUAAAGACAUUAUAUAUUUUUCACAGAAUAAAAAUCCAUUUCGACCGCGACGUUUAUUCAGUUCGGAGGACCAUAGGAGGCAUAAGGAAUUAUCAAAAGCCGAUUAUGAACUGUAUAAUUACUUUUAUGGUAAAUUUGUCCGAAAGAUGUCGGCCGAGGGCGGUGAUUUUUUUGAGGAAGUACGCCAUUUUCGU